AUGCAUUCAUAAAUCACUUUAUCAGAAAUGUUCAGAAGCUAUGAGCAAGACUAUAAGACUCACAUGGAAUCUGUAAUGUAUGACCUAUUAAAAAUGAGUAAAGAGAGAAGAGAAGAUGCAGAUAAAAGUUUUUCUAAAGUUUCAGAUGAGCUUCAAUAAACAGAACAAUGUGUAAUUGAUUUCUAUAUAAUUUUUAGAUAAAAUAAAUGGAGUUAGAAGCUUCUACUUUACCUAGUAGUUAUAAAAAAGAAUUAAUGGAAACUAUAAAAUAAUAUAAAAGAGAUAUGGCUAAAGUGGAAAAGGACUUAAAAUAAUUAUAAUUAGAUUAAUAGGAAGAUUCAAGCAGAGAAAAAUUAUUUAAUGACAGAUAAAUUAAUUAAGCCUUAUUAAAAUAAGAAGAUCGUUAUAUUAGACAAACAUUAGAAUUGGAAGCAGCCAAAAGAACUGCUUAUUUAACAGAAUAAUAAGCAAAUUAAAUAUCAAUUAAUUUACAUUCUUAAUCAAUGACAUUAGAUAAUUCAAUUAGAAAGACUUAAUACAUUAGAGAAGACUUGGGAGAAUCAAAUAGUUUAGUGAACAUUAUGAAAAACAGAAUAAUGAAAAGAAAAUUUAUAGUCUAUGGGGUUUUUGGUUUUCUUGCUCUUUGUUUAACUAUUGCAAUAAUGAGUUGGUUUUUUUGAUUAAGAAUUCAGUUUUAAUGUUUAAUUAUUAUUAUUAAUUGAAAACU